AUGACUAUGGCAUGGAAUUAUCUUUAUAGAGAUAAUACCGAAUUUCGAUUAAAUAUAUUUGGAUAUAUUAAAACUGAACAAGGACAUAGUAGAAUUAAGUCAUAUAAAGACUUUGAUAAUUUUGCAGAAUUAGCUGGAUUAGUUGUUGUUUCACAUCUUAUUUAUUUUAUUGCAGGAAUAUUUAUUUGUUUAUAUGAUUUUAGAAGAAUAUAUCCAUCAACAAUAGGACAUUUAAGAAGAACAAAUUUUAUUAUUUGUUUAUUUUUUAUAAUGUAUAGUUUAUAUCAAAUUAGUAUUUUAUUAGCAUGGAUAUUUCGUGUAAAUAAAAUAGAAAAAGAUGAUAUACGUUAUUUUAUGGAUAAUACUAUGCAUAAUCCUAAAAUGGGAUUUUGGUUUUCAUUGAGUGCAACUAUAUGUCAAUUAUUUGCUACUAUAGUGAGGUUGUUUAUGACUAUUUUAAUUAAAAAUUGA